AUGGACACCAGGAGUUCAGCAGUGGCCUUCACAUACUUUACUGGUAUUUUUCAUAUUCCACACUCAGGUGUGCAAAGAGAACAUGGAUGGGAUCCUCAGCAAUGGAAGCGGAAGAUUCGAGAGGACGUUAUCUCCUCUCUGCUGAGGCAGCCAUUGAUCAUUAGGUGGGGCUGGUGGACUUUCAAAGCAGAAGUGGAGCAGAGACAAUGUAGCCCUGAUGAGUCACAGGGUUACUCAGUCUUACCCAUAUGGCCCUUACCUUCGCUUAACCAACUGAGCCAUCCAGGCGCCCUGCUGAUGGGUUUUGUAAAAGAGAACGUCAUCUCUUAUGCAGAGUGCAUGACACAGCUCUGUUUCUUCUCCUUCUUUGUUAUUGAUGAGUGCUGUGUUUUGACAUCAAUGGCCUAUGACUGGUAUGUGGCCAUCUGUAAGCCCCUGCUUUACAAGGCCAUCAUGUCCCAUCAGGUCUGCCUCAUGCUGAUGGCAGGAGCGUAUGUAAUGGGGUUUGUGGGUGCCAUGGCCCACACCGGCUGCAUGCUGAGACUCACCUUCUGUGGGGACAACUUCAUCAAUCAUUACAUGUGUGACAUACCUCCUGUCCUCCGGCUCUCCUGCAGAAGCACCUACAUCAACGAGCUGGUGGUUUUCACUGUGGUGGGCGUCAACGUAAUCGUGCCCAGUCUCACCAUCUCCAUUUCUUACACCUUGAUCCUCUGCAGCGUCUUCCACAUCCGUUCUACAGAGGGCAGGUCCAAAGCCUUCAGUACCUGCAGCUCCCACAUAGUUGCUGUUUCUCUCUUCUUUGGAUCAUCAGCAUUCAUGUAUCUUAAGUCUUCUCCUGCUGGGUCUCUGGAUCAAGAUAAAGUAUCCACAGUUUUUUAUACCAUCGUGGGGCCAGUGAUGAAUCCUUUUAUCUACAGUCUGAGGAACAAAGAUGUUAAAAUUGCACUGAGUAAGACUUUGAAGAAAAGAAUGUUUUCCUAG